AUGGAUAAGCUAAUUUCGUCUUUAUUAUGUUGUGCAGUUGAUUCCAAGGAUGAUAGCGACGACAAAAUAGUCAAUCAGCAGACUAAUAGGAAUAGAAGUGGUGGUAUGAAUAAACCGAGAAAUAGUAGCAGUAAUGGUAUGGACAAAAAUAUGGGCCCGGAAGAGGGUAGCAAGAGCACGGAGAGGGGCCAAAGAAAGGGCGAGGAUAAGGAUGUUGGUGCUCGAAAUAAGAACAAGGCGAGGGGCAACCCUAAGGACAAGGUUGACCUUGUCGAGGAUGAUAAUUCGGUCAAUGAGACGGACACCAUUACCAACACAAACGAAUCGAAUCUCACGCCCAAUAACCAGUCACAGGAACAGCCUGCGACCCCCGAGGUGAUAACCGACCAUGAGGACCCGAAUUACCAGAACUCGAGACUCCGGGACACCGAAACGGGCGAUAUCGAAGAGGAAGAAGUUGUUUACGAGGAUAACGACGACGAUUCGGAAUCGUUUAUGGAUUUGACCAAGCUUCAAGAGGGUCAAUCAUAUAAUGAAGAAACAGGGUGGUUGUUGGGCGUGAAGGAUAAGUCUUUUGGUAAUAAGAAGUGUCUUGUGUUGGAUUUGGAUGAAACAUUAGUUCAUUCAUCGUUCAAAUACUUACGCACGGCGGACUUCGUGAUACCAGUUGAGAUUGACAAUCAGGUCCAUCACGUCUAUGUUAUUAAGAGGCCUGGGGUUGACGAGUUUUUGGAAAAAGUGGGAAGAUGGUUUGAAGUCGUGGUGUUCACAGCGUCUGUACAGAAAUACGGCGAUCCCUUGUUGGAUAAGUUAGAUAUCUAUAAUUCUGUGCACCAUAGAUUAUUCAGAGAUUCGUGCUACAACUACCAGGGCAACUUUAUUAAAAAUUUAUCGCAAUUGGGAAGACCCUUAACUGACUCGAUAAUCAUUGAUAAUUCACCUGCCUCGUACAUUUUCCAUCCACAACACUCCAUUCCAAUCUCAAGUUGGUUCAGUGACACACACGAUAACGAAUUGCUUGACUUGUUGCCGUUUUUGGAAGAUAUCUCGAAACCCAAUGUGGAUGAUGUGGGUUUGGUAUUAGAUAUUUCUUUGUAA